AGCGUAGGGUCCUGCCAUGGCCUCCUCCACAGCUCUUCUCCUCACCUGCCUGCUGGUCGUCCUCCCACCUGCCUGGUGUCAUCCGCUAGUAGAGGUAGCCAGGAAUGAUAAACCAGUCUCCGAGGUCAUUGAAGAAGCCAACAAGCAUUUAGGAGAACAUCCCGCUGGUCCUCAGCUGGUGGAGGGAGACAUAGCGGUCCCUGCUGGUCUCACCAACGCUGCUCGCUGCACGAGCACCUCCUCCUGGUUCUCCUGCAAGUGGCCCACGUAUCGAGACGGCCUGGUCUAUGUCCCCUAUGUUAUCAGCCCAGCCUACGGUUAUAACGAGCUUUGGCUCAUAAAUAAGGCCAUGAAGAGCUUUGAGCAGACCACCUGCAUCCUCUUCAUACCACGCCAACACAACCAGAGAGACUUCCUGUAUAUCAUGUCUGAUAAUGGGUGCUAUUCCUCAGUGGGUCGGCAGGGGGGAGGACAGGUUGUUUCCUUGCAAAGAGGGGCAUGUGUCUACUUGGGGACAGUGCAGCAUGAGCUCCUGCAUGCUCUGGGCUUUCAGCACGAGCAGAACCGGAGUGACCGAGAUCAACACGUCAAGAUCCUCUGGCAAAACAUCGUACCGGGCAAAGAACAAAAUUUCCAAAAGGCAGACACCAACAACCUUGGAACGCCGUAUAGCUACGGUUCAGUCAUGCACUAUGGAAGGGAGUUUUUCAGCCGCAAUGGUAAACCCACCAUAGUUCCAAUCCCGGACCCCAACGUGGAAAUUGGGAAGGCUACUGCAAUGUCUGAAUUGGACAUCCGCCGCAUCAACCUACUGUACUGCAGGAAGUGACAUAUACCGAAUGAGUUCGGACAGCGGUCAGGAUACCGGAUUUUCUUCAAGAUUUUGUAAUACAAUUUAUUUUGCCACGAUUUGAAAAAAAUGACUUCUGCCAAAAUUUUGGUAAAAUUGUACAAUGUCCAUGUCGUCGCA